CAGUGCUGAAGCUUUUUCUGUUUCUGUGUGUUUGAGCUUUUAAAAGAACCUGUCCAGAAGAAGAGCUCUUAGAGGAACCUGUCCAGAAUUUCUACAUCCCUGUUGUCUCUUCUUGAAGUCUUGUGCAAAAUGGCUUCCUCUGCACAUGUUUUUUCUUCCGAUGAUUUACGAAAUGUAAGACGGAGCCUAUUUGUGAGGAAGUUUGGAAAGAGGGUGGUUCACCUCAUAUACACCUUCCACUUUCUCCACGGACAACACAGGAGCAUCCGAGAGAUUCUCACCGACAACCAAGUUCCACUACAAGGAAAGAGUCCUUUUACAAGAGAUGAAAUCAGAAAUCUUACAAAGAAGCUUCCGGACGAUCUGGACAUCACAUUGAUGAACAAAAUCUGCCAGGCUCUUUGGCAAAAGGGGGUGAAUGACCCUGGGGAUGGAUUAAAAGGGUUAUUAAAAAAGAUCAAAGAUGAGAGGAACUUCGUUUGCCAUGAAGAGCCUCAUAUGUCAGAACCAGAAUUGGAAGGUAAACUCAAAGUCUUUCAAGCAACACUCGAGGAAACUCUUGAUAAAAUCAAGUCUCUCUUUCCAUCUCAUGGUCCUGACACUGACCAUCUUAAAGCAGAGAUCCAAGAUGCUGUUCCGAAGCUCCUAGAAAAGAUCCGUGAGAAAUAUGAUCCUUCAAACCCCCAGGAUGUACAAAGGUUUAAAGAAGAAAUAGGAGACUUUAGCAGUGAAUUCUAUGAGAUGAUACAAGAAUCAUCUGUAAUAGAACUCCAGUCUCUUAAUGAACGACUCUGUCAGGUUUUGCCCUACGACUGGCUCGCUGACCAUGGUACUACAGAUCCAGGACAGAUUAUGGUACCUCUACAAGUGGAGGAUGAUCAGGAGUUAAAUAGAGGUCCCUGGGGCAAUAAAAGUAUCAUUGUAAAUCAAAAAGAAAUCUUCAACAUUAAAGACCCAAAAGGGAAAGUCCCUGAAGUUGUGAUUAUAUCUGGCAAUGCUGGUUCUGGAAAGUCCACAAUUCUUUGUUCCUAUGCAGAGGGAUGGUGCAAGAAGACAAAUGAUGUGCCAGAACUCUCUUCCUUCCCAUUUCUGCUCUGCAUGCAGUUCAGGAAUCAUGACCACGACAACUUUGAUGACUACAUCAAAGGCAUGAUUCCAAAAACUACUGCUCUAUUUCCCUUAGACUUUGUCAAAUCGGUAGUCCUGGAUUCAAAGUGCUUAGUCCUGUGUGAUGGCUAUGAUGAGGCCAAUGAGAAUUCAAGAAAACUCUUCCAAGAGUUUUUAAAACUGAGUUCAAAUAAGAUGAAGUUUGUUGUCACGACACGUCCAGGAAACACAGAGUUACUAACCAAUAUUGUGAACAAAGCAAAACGUUCCAGAAUCAACCUCAAAGUUUCAGGUCUUCAGGAAAAGGAUAUGAAAUCGCUCACAGAAAAGCUCAUUGGGCACCUGUUGAAAGAUGAUGUCGCCCAACAGGAGCAAAUGAAAAAGGAGCUGCUUCAGAAAAUAGAAGAAAUGAACACUGACACUAGAGCCAUCCUGCAAACCCCACUGUAUUUCAACCUGUUCGUUCUCCUUUACAUCGAGUGUCCAGAUCUAAGGGAUGAAAUGAGCACCAGGACAUCAGUCUACUUACAGUUGAGAAGGCACAAGAUCAAGAGAAUCUCUGACAAGACAGGAAUCUCUGAAGAAUCACUGGAGGAAUUUGAUGCACUCUACAGAAAAUGGUGUCUGAAACAUUACCUUGAGGGAAAAUAUGAAUAUUCCGAGGCAGAUGUAAGAAGCUUUAAAAGGGAGAUUGGUUCUCCAGAGGCACUUCAGAACUUUGAUGCCAUCAUGUCGUCCUAUUUCUCCAUAAAGAAAACAAAGAAGCAUCUGGACAUUGUCAAGGUCUACUGCCACAGACACAGAAGUGAGCAGGAGUUUGCAGUUGCAGGCAGUAUCUGCAAUGACAUCAUAACAUCAAAUAGGACAAAAGGAGGGAACAUUCUUCUGGAUGUGCUGCAAUCACAUUGCAAGCAUGAAGAUAAUGAUGGAAGUGGAGAUAAAGAUGAAAAUGAAGCGGAAUAUCUAUUUGUAAGAUUCAGAGGAGUGAUUUCCUUCAUACCAGGAAUACUUUACAGUACUGAGAGAGAUGUGUUGUAUGAUACAAUAGAUGAGAUUCAUGAACUCUAUGUAUCAUACAGCCUCUCUGAAAUGAAUGAUGUUGACCUUGAUGCUCUUUUGGACCCAUGUAUUGAGACUAGACUUGACAAUGAGGUUUUGAAAUCCCUUGUGUCACAGAUGAAGAGAGAAACUCAUCUGAUGGACCGAGUAAGAUUCCAAGAACCCAAGAGUCUUUAUGUCCUACCAUCCUUGCUGCCUAAAGUGAGGCCCAAAGAGAUUACAUUGGGAUUUACAUAUCCAAAUGUAACCGUUCCAAAACUCAGUGAAACUCUGACGUCUGCUGUCCAUAACAGCAUUCGUACAGAGGUUGCUCUUAAGAUGCUUCUAAGUGAGUGCGCACAACAUCCAGGACUGAAGGAGGAGGUUUUCCCUCCAGUGGAUAAAUUAAGUAAGUAA